CCUCCGACGAGAGAGGACACGUUCGUCUCGGUCACCAUGGUCGGCGUGCAUUCUGUUCCGCUCAAAGUCCUCUUGGCGGCCGCUUUUAUGCUGGUGUUUUGUGAUGGCUCGUUCCUGCUGACGACGCCCCUCCGAUGGACAGCCGGCGAGGGGAACGCCAUCUGCCUCCACGCCCUGACGCCACUCAUGCUCGAUGCCGAGAUCGGUGAGGUCGACAAAUUACGGGUCAAGGUCAUGGACCGCUCAGCCUGCGACGGUCGGUGCAAGCCUGUUGCGGUCGUGAAUUUCUAUCUACAGCCAGACCAGUCGACGAUCUGCCAAGAAGCGAUUAUUCCCCACGGCCCCCCCACCCGUCUGAGCCUCGUCUUCGUAGGCCAAUUGGGCGGAGUUGACCUCGCUGGACGAUCAGGAAAGGAGGUGACCCGAAAAGUUGAUCUGGUCACGAGAACUAACGUGACCUUGCUUCAGACGGACAAAGCGGUGUACAAGCCGGGUCAGGACGUCAAGUUUCGUGUGAUGAGUCUCUACGGUAGCGAUUUACUGCUGAUCAGGGGAAAGUAUCCUGAAAUCUGGGUAACAUCGCCUUCAAAGACCCGUAUUGCACAUUGGAAAAAUGUGAACAACUCAGCUGGUCUCGUUCACCUGGGGUUCCAGCUGGACGAUGGAUCCGAACAGGGUAUGUACGAAAUUAAUGUGAAGAGUACCAAAUUCAGUGAGACCAAGACGACAUUCGAGGUCAGAGAGUACGUGCUGGCCCGGUUCGAGGUCAAGGUCACGACCCCGGAUCAUAUUUCGGCCAGGAAGGAGAUCCUUAGCAUCGGCGUGUGUGCGGAGUACUUCUUCGGGCAGCCGGUGCGAGGGAACGCCACCGUCUCAGUUUCCAAUGACAGGAAAAAAUGCCUGGCGAAGCUUGAGAAAAGCGAACCGCUCACCGCCCUUAACUCCCCUCCAACCAGCACUACCUCACCCAGAUCACCACCAGCCUUUAUCCCCUCGUCCCACCCUCCCGCCACUUUGGAUUCUUUAUGCAGCCCUCAUAAGACACCCACACACCGGCAUUUUUGGAAGUAUAACUGCGUGUCGUGCCAGAUGUAUACUAGUCAGUCAGUAUUGGCUAUAGGCUUUGUAAGGUCGAUGGGUUACGUUGUGAGCUACAGACGAAGAAUGGAGGGACACAGAGCAUGGAAAAGAGCGAGCACAUGUAGUCAAUCUGGUGAGUUCACAAAGCUGUCCUUCGUCAAUGGCACUGCGGCAAAGGGGGUGCCAGUGGAAGUGUGCGCGGCGGGGAGGUGUGUCACCAGGCCCAGCGGAGACAAUGGCACCGUCGGGGUUGUGGUCUCGGCACAGAAACUCGGGAGCGUUAAGAUGUCAACCUUGGUUGGGCGUGUUGAUGAGCAUCCUGCCACCUAUUGUCAGUACGUCUCGCCCUACUUCUCGCCCUCGAACUCCUCCCUGGCCAUACAAGUACCUGAAGACGAGCUGGAGUGCGAGGCGGGUCAAGAAUCACGGAUAUCCAUCCCUGUGUUCUUUUCUACCAAUAAUCAGUCAAGGGCCACUAUUUUUGGUCAGAUUGUGUCUCGCGGCAAGAUCCAGGCAUCAUUUAGCGAAAAGGUGAACCUGAAUGCGGGCGAGCUACCCAUCAACGCUGAACACCAUAUCAACGCCUCCACGCCCAAUGCCUCGGGGUCGCACAUUGUCACGGGCGUAGUCAUCCUGAAUAUCACUCUCCCACCCACAGCGUCGCCCCAAGCCAAGCUCGUGAUUUGGUACAAGCGCUACGACGGCGAGGUGGUGUCCGACUCGGCCCAUUUGAACGUGGAAAGGUGCCUUGGGUUCGGCACCAGCCUCGAGUGGUCGGUGGCACGGGGCCAGAGUGGUGGACGGCGGCAAGCACCUGAACAGGGCGUCGCGGAGGCAACCAAGCGGCCACAGGCCGGCGAUGGCCUGGAAGAGCCGCUUUGCGAUCCACAGAGCGCCGAGGUGCAUCGCCGGACACUGGUCUUCUCACGCGGCAGCGCCAGGACCACAGACGAGAAGGGUACUUUGCGCCAAGACGAUUUCAAAGUGCGGCCUUCGCGAGACAGCAGCCGUCGGGUGAGUGGGAGUGGGGAGACAUGGAAGGAGGCUGGAAGGGAAGGCGAGGUGAGGCAAAGGACAGUGGACCAUGAUAGAAGAGAUAGCCCGUUUGUCGAGAGAAGGUCAAGGGCAAGAGUAUCCGUGUACUAUAAGAGUCAAGCCGGGCCCGCAGUACCCGCCUUUUUAAGUGUUGCCCCGAGAUCCCCCUUGGGUGGCCUCGUGUGGUGGCUUCAAAGUUCCCACAUCUUCGCGAUGUGGGGAUUACGUCGAUACCUCAAGAUUUUGAUUAAAGACAUUGUGUAUAACAGCCUGAGGGGCACAAUUAUCAAAAUUGAAACAAAAUGUGAAAUAUUCAACAAAAACAUGAUUUUAGAACCUUUGAUCAAAGGAGUACGAGGUAAUGGACUCUCUAAAACGUUGAGACCAAAAUCAAAUUGGGAUGAACCCAGGAUUUCAAAAUCCUCUGUAGAAUGUAAAACCAGUGACUCUGGUCUUCUGGUGAUUACUGACCUGACCUUGGAAACGCGACCUUGUCAAAAGAUAAGCAGAAGAGGUUUUCUCGAAGUGGAACGCUACAGUUUCUCGGCCGCUUCUCAAGACGGCGACCAGACCUCGCGGAAGUCGGAGGAGGUGGAGCUGGGGCUGGAGGGGAGGACGAGGACGUGGUUCCCCGAGACCUGGCUGUGGGACUUGGUGGUCAUGCCUCUCGAUGGAGCUGUCGACAAGAUGCUGACUCUGCCCGACACGGUCACCGAGUGGGUGGGCCAGGCCUUGUGCGCCCACGAGAAGAAGGGCGUCGGGCUGUCCGAGCGGGCGUCCAUCACCGUCUUCACGCCCUUCUUCACCGACGUGUCCCUCCCGCCCACCGUCCAGCGCGGAGAGAUCUUCCCGCUCAAAAUCUCGGUCUUUAAUAAUCUCAAUGAGAAUUUGCCGAUACGCUUUACCUUAGAGAACAGUCCCGCCUUUAAGAUCAUCUCAGGAAGCAGUAGGAUAGAAGAAAAGGAGGGCAACCCCACCCACAUACGCAUCUGGAUCCAAAAGACGUCCUGUGUGGCGCCGCGGGACAAGGCGGUGCACUUUGCCAAGGUCAAGAUGCUGGAGCUCGGGGACGUCAACCUCACGGUCAUUUCGGCCGUGGACUACAAGAUCCCCGUGAAAUGCGAGACCGGACCAAGUUCAGAGGAGUUGCUGAUAUCACAUGGAUUAAGCUCAUCCUUUAUAUCUUAUAGAGACACUUUGAUCAAGAGUAUUAAGGUAGAGGCGGAAGGUUUCCAGAAAGAGAAGACUUGGACUAGAUACGUCUGCACGGAAGACCUGGCCAAGGGGGACAAGCUCAAAUCGGAUCAGCUGUCGACGUCCCGGAACACCGUGGAGGGCUCUGAGCGCGCUUGGGUCACGGCAGAGGGUGACCUGUUCGCCCUGCCGAUCGAGACCAUGGACUCGCUUAUCCGGGUCCCUCACGGAUCCGGAGAGCAGAACAUGGUGAUCUUCGCGCCCAUGGUGCACGUGAUGCAUUAUUUGAAGGACACGGGCAGAACGACGGAGAACACGAAGAAAAUACUCCGUUUUCUGCGGAUUGGCUACCGGCGGCAGCUGUUGUACCGACGUAGCAGCGGUGCCUACAGCGCCUUCGGGAAUGCUGACAGAUCCGGCUCCACGUGGCUCACGGCGAUCGUCCUCAAGUCCUUCGCGCUGGCUGCAGAGUUCAUAACUAUAGACAUACCGGCUCUGAAGGAAACAAGUAGAUGGCUUUCCAGUUCGGAAAUAGAAGAUGGCUGUAUCGUCCCAAAAGGAAAAGUCAUUCAUAAGGGCCUAAAGGGAGGCGUAUCGGACAAAAACUCAUCGGUCCCCCUGACAGCUUUCGUUCUGGCCGCCCUCUUAGAAGCAGGAGCUCGUACCAACAUGUCUAUUGUCAAGGGAGCCAUCCGUUGCCUCCUGUCUGAGAGAUCGAAGGACCCUCACACCAUGGCGCUCAAGGCUUAUGCCCUCAUCAUGGCCGAGAAUCGCGGAGGAAAAGAUUUAUUGCGCAAGUUGCUCGCUCUCGCUGUGGAGAAGGAGAACGUUCUGUACUGGAAACCGCUGGAGGGAACUUCCUGGAGCAAGUCCCAGGCCAUCGAGACCACCGGGUACGCUGUGCUGGCCAUGCUGAACCAAGACCCGGAUAAGUAUAAGCUGUUGGCGAAGAAGGCGAUCCAGUGGCUCUGCGGGCGGAGGAGCAGCAAGGGCGGCUUCUGGUCCAUGCAGGAUACGACAGUCGCCCUCCAGGCCAUGGCGAAAUACGAGACCCACUCGAAUCGCGAGCCGACCAACGUCCGCGUCACAUUCAAGGCCAGGUCUUUCUCCGCCACCUUCAACAUCACCAACAAGAACAAGCUCCUGCAGCAGCGACAGGAACUCCCCGUCCUGCCCACUGAUGUCGACGUCACCUUGACCGGCCGCGGGUGUGCGAUCGUCCAGACCGUCUUCCACUACAACGUGCCCGAGGCCGAGCCGAGCGAUGCCUUCAGCCUGCGCGUGCACCCCACCAACGACCCCGACGGCGGCUGCAAGGAGAAGCGCAUCGAGGUCUGCGUCGCCUACCUCCUCCCCGACGGCAAGUCCAACAUGGCCGUCAUCGCGGUCAAACCUGUGUCCGGCUUCUCGCCCGAGACGGACGACCUGAAGGCGGUCGUGAGACGGAACCCCAAGGUCGUCAAGCGCUACGGGGUGGACGGCAACAUAGUUUAUUUCUACAUAGAUAAGUUCACGGCCAAGGAAGUGUGCGUGAGUUUCCGCGUCGUCCGAGAGGUGGAAGUCGAGGACGCCAAGCCGGGAUCUGUGGUCGUCUACGACUACCACGAGCCCGAGUUCUACGUCAGUCAGACUUUCCAGUUUCGACCGAUGGAAGGCUGCCCUCCGUGAACUUAGCUUGGGAUAAUUUAGGAUGUCAUAGUUUUUAUUUUAAUGGCUGAAACAGGUAAUUUAAGUUUAUCAUUUAAUGCAUACACAAACAGAAUAGCGUUGGUUUCAAAAGAGGAAGCAUUAUA